AUGGUUGACCGUGGCCUUGGAAAUCUUAGCCAAAGCUUCAUUCCCUUCUACGGCGAAGUUGCCACAAUCGACCAACCCGUCGGUUCCAGAGAUCUUCCUGCUGGAUGGGUCCCCGACAAAUGGUCGGUCGUCUGUGGCAGAGGACGUGAGCCCUUUGAACACGUCGGCAACAGACGUCUUCGAGUACUAGUAGACUGCCACAUGGAAAAGUACGAAAAAGCAACCACAAAGAUGAAGAAAUCCACAAUAGUGACUUCCAUUGUGGAAGCAGUUCGAAAUGGAUCAGAAGUUGGCGGCUUUGUCAAAAGGAAUCCAGUGAAUGGACAAUGGUUUGAAGUCGGGGAUGCCCUCGCCAGGGAGAAGGUUGGCCAAGCAUUACGCGAAGCCAUUGCCGCAAUGAACCCUUACAGAUACCAAACUAAGAAAGUUCGUCGUAAGCAAAAAACAGCGAUGUCAAGAGCCGGUGGCAUUGCAGCAUUUGAAAUUAGCAUGCUCAGGAGAGAUAUUGUAGUCGACCACGAGCUCGAGCAAGAGCUCGACCUGAGCAAAAGCGAUGGCAGUCACUCCGCUUCAGAAGAAGUAGCGGCACUUGACGAUGUGGAUAUUGAAGACACCUUUUGCAGCUCCAAUCAAACCAUUUGA